UCGAGACUGCUGUUUCCACCCACAGUGAAAUGCCUUCGGCACAGCUGGGGACGUGGCAGAGGCAAGGAUUUUCGCAAUGAAUUAAUUAAGCCCUCACUACCCUAGGAAACCCAAAUAGUGAGGAACCCUGAUUGCUAAGCUUCAGGGUGCGAUGUGAGUGAAAAUAAGUCUUUGUCUCUGCUCUUUCUAAUGGAUCUGAAGAACAGACCCUGUUGCUGCUGUUAGAGUCCCUUCCCCAUCUCACGUCCCUCCUCCGUUGCUAGCAUAUCCACCUGCUCGCAAGUAUUUACACAUUGCCACACCAGAUAAAGGCACACACAUUUUACUGCAAACACUCGCGCGCACGUCCUUCCGCGGCUGCCUGUGUCCUGUCUCUCACCAGACGCAGACAUUCAUACACGUAGGCCAGAAAAGCGCUACCCGCGGUCCUGUGACUCCACGCAGGUCCUCAGAACACGCCGUUUACACUGAAGCGAUCAGCAAGCACAGACAAACCUGCCAACAAGUCUUCUGGCUGGAAUUCAUCUCCAUGGCAACAAACAUGGAAGGUGGAGAAUUGACUCCCGCAGGAACUCUGAAGAGCCACCACAAUGCACCAGUGAAUGAUGAGUAGCACCUACUGCAGCAAUUCUUCAGCUAAGAUGAGUGCCAAUGAGGUCUCUGCCUUCUCCCUGACUCUGGAGCAAAAGACUGGUUUCGCCUUUGUGGGCAUCCUGUGCAUUUUCUUGGGACUUCUUAUUAUCAGAUGCUUCAAAAUUCUACUAGACCCAUAUAGUAGCAUGCCAUCUUCUACAUGGGAAGAUGAAGUUGAAGAGUUUGAUAAAGGGACCUUCGAGUAUGCACUUGCCUGAUGGUGGUUCCAGCUUCGUGUUUUUUCCAGGUGACACUGAGUGACAUGACAGACACAUUUGUAAUUAGCUUGAGUGUGGUGCUGCUGAGAGGAUCAUUCCAUUCACAAAAUUCAAUAAAUGUCUAUGAUUGAUUUA